AUGAUGCAAGUAACAGACUUUCAAAAAAUUGGUGUUGGUUUGGCAGGAUUUGGGAUAGUGUUCCUCUUCCUUGGCAUGGUGCUGUUGUUUGAUAAAGGGCUUCUAGCAAUUGGCAAUAUACUGUUCGUCUGUGGCCUGGCUUUUGUCAUAGGCCUGGAGAGGACUUUCCGAUUCUUCUUUCAGCGUCACAAGUUAAAGGCCACAGGGUUUUUCAUUGGUGGGAUGGUGGUUGUUCUGAUUGGCUGGCCAGUUGUUGGCAUGUGCGUGGAGUUGUACGGUUUCUUUCUGCUGUUUAGCGGCUUCUUCCCUGUUGCUGUCAACUUUUUGAGACGAGUGCCUGUUUUAGGGACUAUUCUUAACUUGCCUGGCAUCAGAUUGAUCGCAGACAAAAUAGGAGAAUCCAACUCUAUGGUAUAA